CACGUCAAACACGGAAGUCAACUCCAGCGUCCAACAUGUCAAGCGGUGGAUACAAACAUGUGAGCCAUGUCAUCUUUGACAUGGAUGGAUUAAUAUUAGACACAGAGCGUCUUUACACCGUGUCCUUCCAGGAAGUCUGCGACCGCUUUGGAAAGCGGUACACAUGGGAUGUGAAGUCCUUAGUGAUGGGGAGAAAGGCUCUGGAUGCUGCCGAAGUGAUUCGGGACAAACUGGAGCUUCCCAUGACAGCCGAGGAACUUCUGACUGAGACCAGACAAAUACAAGAAAGAAUAUUUCCCUCCGCCAAACUCAUGCCAGGAGUGGAGAAACUUGUGCGCCAUCUGAAGCAGCAUGCCGUCCCCAUUGCUGUGGCAACCAGCUCGGCCGGCGUGACGUUCCAGCUGAAGACAAGCCAACACAAAGACUUUUUUGGUCUGUUUGACCACAUCGUUGUGGGCGAUGAUCCUGACGUGAAGAACAGCAAACCUCAGCCUGACUCCUUCCUGGUCUGUGCCAGCAGAUUCAACCCUCCAGCUCCUCCAGAGAAGUGCUUGGUGUUUGAAGACGCCCCCAACGGCGUGAAGGCGGCGCUGGCGGCCGGAAUGCAGGUGGUGAUGAUCCCCGACGACAACCUGGACCCCAGCCUUACCCAGGAGGCCACGCUGCGACUCAGGAGCAUGGAGGAGUUUGCACCGCAGCUCUUCGGGCUGCCAGCGUACGUCUGAGCCGGAAACCUUUGUAUGUGACUCCACUCUCCAAUACUGAUGAUUCAAUUAUUGUCUUAUGAGAGUUGCCAAUUUGUCUACAUGGUUAAAAGACAGGGAAAUCAUCCCAGUUUGGCAAAGAAAAUUGGUGGCAAUGGUCACUUCCUGUGAAACUUUGACUAGUUUCUGUUCUUCCUUAUAGUAAUAAAGGUGAUUUGUAGCCACA